AUGGGGCCUCCCUCGGACGCUUCGAGCGCAAAUCAGUCGCGACAGAAUCCUCGAGCGAGCGAACACGAGGGUUCCCUGUCAGGCGCAUCUCAUCAAAGUUCUCUCAGGGCGCAGAGGGGAAUUUAUUCCGAAGUCCUCAGGCCAACUUCGUUAGCAGAGUUGCAGCUCGCCACUCGAGGGCCUUCAGGGAGAGUUUACGUGACGGGCCGCAAUGAAAUUCCUUUUCUCCCAGUUGGACAGUUCCGCCCAACGGGCGACGGUGGACGAGUGCUGGCUGCGCCUGUGCCCCACAAGGUGGCGGAUGUGAAGCCUAAAGUAAUCGAGCCUUUUGAACAAAUCCCAACACAUGCUCCGAGAAAGGUGACAGUGGAGAGACGCCGUCGUCUCUACGCCUCACUUGACAUUGAGGAACUGCUGGCUGAGCGGGGUAUCAAUUACGCUGAUCCUCAGUUCGAUUCUGAGAGAUGGCUCCCACUGGACCCAUUCGACGACACAACCUACGAUGACCGUCUCCCUGAGGAGUGGAUGCUCCUCGGGUACGAUGAGCAAGGACAGUUUCUUCCCCUAGAGGCGAAGGGCCUCCGACGGGACGAGGGCGGCUCCGGGACGUGGAAAGAUUGCCACGUUUAUGGUUACGAUGGGGAGAGUCACACGUUCUCUGUCCGGUGGGUGGUGGACAACAACGAAAGCGAGGAAACCGCGGAGCUGCUGCGCAUGCAGCUGCUCUUCAAGCGCUGCCUCUUGGCCUUCGGGGCUCCUGCGUUCAGGCGGUGGGCAGAAAGCCUCAUAAAGUAUAACUACUACAUCGACAAUAUGCCGACAGAAGACAUCAAAGCACUAGAGAGUCACCAAGAAAAGCGAAUUGCCGCUGGGGCGAGAAACAUGCAGAAGAUUCGGCAGUCCAAGAAACUCCCUGUGAAGCCUUUGUUGAAAGAAAUCAACCUCACUUUUGCGCGGACCAUGAACAAGAUCGCCUUUGACAAGCACAUGCACCAAAACCGAGACGACCAGAUGUACAGAGAUUUGGAACUGCCUCCCAGAGCAGUGCCUCGACCCCCGCCGGAGUUUGGCCUCGUGGCGACGCCUCCUCAUGACUUUACAGGGGUCUUUGCUGCGUUUUGCAUUUCGUCGCUCUACGUGAAAGCAGAAGUGAUUCACGCCUUGACAGAAAUCCGCUCAGAGUGCAAUGCCAUUUUAACCCGCUGUAUAUACAACGUAAAAGCCAACAAGGCAAUGAAGCUGGAAGAGUUCAAACAGACGCAGCGGGCUGCAAUUAGUCAACUCGCGUUCGAUCUGCAAGAGACUUGGGCUCAGAACGUCCAGAAGAUCGUUGUCAAGUAUUUUUCGGAGGUCGGAAAAGGGUGGUUUGACAUCUACGAAACGAACAAGGAGACGUACAACUACGGAAAGAUCAGGAAAAUGCUUCUGGUUGCCAGCUUUCUCAUGCAAGACAGCCUGCGCUCCAUGACCGUGGACUCGCUGGAGGCCUUCACGAGGAUGAUUGAGGCUCGUCAGCCGGAGGAGAUUAGGAUCGAAUCUGUCUCGCAGGUGAACGCGUUUCCGAAGAAGCGGCAGCGCGUUGCUCGCGAGGGGGAUGCGUCUGGUGAAGAGGAGGAAUCGCCAGAAACCAGCAGUCUGUUCGUUUUGGACCUCGCGAGGAGUCCCGGUGAUAAAGCCUUCCAAUUCAGUGUCUCGCCAACGAACUUUCUCCGAGCCGUUAUUGACAUCUUCGAAAAAGGUAUUGUGCAAAUGGGGGAUGUGCCGCAUCCCGAAAAACUCGUUCUUCCGCACCUCUUCAAGAAUCAACCGAAACACGUCCUGGCCUCGGUCAGCCUCGACGAGCGGAAGGUUCAGGAGUACAGACGCCGAAUUGAGGAGGCAAUGGCGUUUUAUCUUCCCCACCUCGAGUGCUUUCUCGCCCUUUUUGACGGCUACCUGGAAAUCCUCCACCUGAAUCCUGAAGAGACAGUCCAGCAAAUUGAACAGAAAAUCAGUGGUCCAUCGGCGAGUGACCAACUCAAGCAAAUGGCGACAGAGUAUUUUCAGAGAGAAGCCGGUCUGAUGGCAGAGAUUCCAGAUUGCAUCACCAUCGGCGCUUUCUGCCUCAAUUGCUGCGACGUAAAGCGCUUCCUCGCGCAAAAACUGCAUGCAGUGGGGAACCUCAUCCUCGAUGUAAUUGCCCAGAGGUUUCGCGACCAGUGCACGCAUACACUCGAUCAGUUUCGGGGCCUUUUUGCGACUCUGAAGAAGCGACCGAGAAACAUCGAAGAGUUGACGGAAACGAAGGCGUUCAUUGGCGACAUUCCGGCGAAGCUGGAAAGGCUAGCCUUCGACAUCAAAACGAAUCUCCACACUUUCGCCAUCCUCGAAGACUUCAAAUACAAAUUGUAUGUCGAGGAUCACAACAUUCGCUGGAAAAUGUUUGGGUCUCCUCUUGAGACUCUGGCGCUGGUAGCGGACACGGAGAGAAGUCUUGAGAAAGAUCGUCAAGCGUUUCUGGAAGAGCUCCUCGCUCAGCAGGCGGAAUUCGAGGAGACCGUCAAAGACCUCGAAGGCAUCGUCUCGAGUUUCUCCCAGUACGCGGACAUGUCCAGGUUGGACGAGAUCCGCGAGAACGUCGUUUCCGUGAACGCCCGCAUCGAGACAAGUGUGCAAGCAGCGAAGUUGCACAACACACGCGAGAUGCUCUUUGGGAAACCUGUGACGGAUUAUUCCCGCGUCCACCAACUUGCCAAGGAUUUCGCCCCCUUCUCGACGCUCUGGCUUGUGGCUUCGGACUGGGCCGAGAGCAAAUUGCACUGCCACGAGGGGCCGUUCGAAGCCAUCGACGCAGCGCUCUUGGAAAAACAGGUUUACGGAGGCAUCAAACAAAUCCACAAAGUGACUCGAACGCUAAGAGAGAAAGGUCUUGACACCGUCUUGAUCCGAGCAGAAUCGGUUCUCCACGAACUCGAGGAUUUUGCGCCUCUGGUGCCUCUCAUCGUAGCGCUCCGAAACGAAGGCAUGCGCGACAGGCACUGGGAGAAAGUGUCUGAGGCUGUCGGGACUCGUAUCGGUCCAGGGUGCGAGGAUUUCCGUUUGAAUCAUUUGCUGGACCUAAAAAUCGCGGAUUUCUCUGAAUUCAUCGUCGCGACGGGAGAAUUAGCUGCUCGCGAAUAUCUCAUCGAGAAGUCGCUGAAAAAGAUGAAGCAAGACUGGGAAGGUGUGGCCUUUAAGAUCAACGAAAAAUACAAAGCCACCGACACGUACAUUUUGAAGGGAACAGACGAGAUUCUCGCUCUCUUAGACGACCACGUCAUGGCAACACAAACGCUCCAGUUUUCUUCAAACAAAAAGCCGUUCGAGCAAGAAAUCGAGGAGUGGACGCAAACGCUCAUGGUGGCAUCAGAGACGCUCGACGAGUGGCUGAAGUGCCAGCGGUCGUGGAUGUACCUUCAGCCAAUCUUUGAUUCGCCGGACAUCAUGAAACAGUUGCCCGCAGAAACAAAAAGGUUCAAGACGGUCGACACCGCCUGGCGCGUGCUGAUGCGUCACACCUGCGACAAUCCCCUCGCGUUGGCUGCUUGCUCGGCCUCAGGGCUUCUCGACAAGUUGAAAGAGUCUAACAAAAACCUGGACAAAGUGACGCACGGGUUGGAGUCUUACCUGGAGCUGAAGCGGAGCCUGUUUGCGCGAUUCUACUUCCUGUCGAAUGACGAGCUCCUCGAGAUUUUGUCAGAAACCCAGGAUCCGACUCGCGUGCAGCCUUUUCUGUGCAAGGUCUUUGAAAACAUGGACAAGUUGGACUUUGACGAAGGCAUGAAUGCUACUGCUAUGUUCUCUGCAGAAGGGGAGAAGGUGGCCCUAACCGAGCACCUCUCGACCUACGACAAAAACGUCGAGACGUGGAUGGGCGAACUGGAGACGCUGAUGCGCAAAUCCGUGCGUCGCGUCUUGCAGCAUGCAACGACCGAAUAUUCACACGCCGCCAGGGUCCAGUGGGUUCAGGAACACCCAGGACAGGCUGUGUUGAACGGCAGUCAAAUUCACUGGACUGAGGAAGUGGAAGAAGCGAUACGAACGCACCGCCUUCGCGAAUACCUCGACAAACUAAACGACCAACUGAUGGACCUCGUGGCCCUCGUUCGGGGUCGCCUCGACAAAAUGCAAAGCAUCACCGUCGGCGCGUUGAUUGUGAUCGACGUGCAUGCAAAGGACGUCGUCGAGAAGCUGGCGGAUACGAAGGUCGAUUCCGUUUCUUCGUUCGAAUGGAUUGCUCAACUUAGGUACUACUGGCGGGACGAGGACUGCUGGAUUCAGUGCCUUCAGACGGAUUUUCCGUACGGCUACGAGUACCUUGGCAACACGUUCCGCCUGGUCAUCACCCCCCUCACCGAUAUGUGCUACAUGACGCUUCUCGGUGCGCAACAACUCAACCUAGGAGGAGCUCCGGCGGGCCCCGCUGGCACAGGCAAGACAGAAACGACGAAGGAUCUCGCGAAGGCCGUGGCGCGUCAGUGUGUUGUCUUCAACUGCUCGGAUAUGAUGGACUACAUCAUGGUUGGAAAGUUCUUCAAAGGUCUCGCUUCCUCCGGUGCCUGGUGUUGUUUCGAUGAGUUCAAUCGUAUUAAUAUCGAGGUUCUCUCAGUCAUUGCGCAGCAGCUUUUGGUUUUAUUUGGCGCGAAGGCGCAGCUGACCGAUUUCACGGAGACUACGGAGAUUGAAUUCGAAGGGUCCGAAAUCGUCGUCUUUCCAACCUUUAACGUUUUCAUCACGAUGAAUCCAGGCUACGCCGGUCGCACGGAACUUCCAGAUAACCUCAAGGCCCUCUUUCGGCCCAUGGCGAUGAUGGUUCCUGAUUACGGGAUGAUUGGCGAAAUCAUGCUGUACAGCUUUGGCUUUGAGAGAGCCCGAGAACUGGCUCGGAAGAUGGUCACAACUUUCAAACUUUCUUCCGAGCAGCUUUCUGCGCAAGAUCACUACGACUACGGCAUGCGUGCGGUGCGUUCGGUUAUCAACGCCGCUGGCGUGCUGAAGAGAAAGGCGCCUGAGAUGGAUGAACAACAACUUCUCCUUCUCGCGUUGCGCGACGUCAACGUCCCGAAAUUCUUGACUUGCGACUUGCCGCUCUUUGAAAACAUCAUCGUCGACUUGUUUCCUGGCGUGCCGAAGCCCGAAGUCGACCGAAGUCGCCUCCUGGACACGCUGCGGAACUUGGCGGCUGAAAGCAAUCUGCAAGCGGUUCCUUCUUUUCUCGAGAAGCUCGGACAGCUCUACGACACCGUCCAAGUUCGCCACGGCCUCAUGCUCGUCGGCCCGACCGGAGGCGGAAAAACAACGACUUACAGACUCCUCGCAAGAGCCAUGACGGCUCUCAGAGGCACUGAGGACUUCCAAAAUGUGCACAUACACGCUUUGAAUCCGAAGGCGCUGACUCUGGGGCAACUCUACGGCCAGUUCAACGCGUCGACGCACGAAUGGAAUGACGGCGUAGCAGCUGUACUUCUUCGCCAGGCCGUGCGCGACACUUCUCUAGACAAGCACUGGAUCAUGUUUGAUGGCCCAGUCGACGCUAUUUGGAUCGAGAGCAUGAACUCUGUUCUCGACGACAACAAAAAGCUCUGCCUCAACUCCGGAGAGAUCAUCGCCGUCACCAACCGCGUCACCAUGAUGUUCGAGGUUGAAGACUUGGCUAGUGCCUCGCCGGCGACAGUCAGCCGUUGCGGCAUGGUGUACAUGGAGCCUGCGGCUCUCGGGCUGCGCCCUCUGAUGGUUUCUUGGGUUGACUCGCUUCCCUCCACUUUCUCGCCUCGCGAUCGCCAGCUUCUCUGGCAGCUCUUUGAGAGCUUCAUGGAGCCGGCGAUCGCGUUCGUGCGGAAACACUGCAAGGAACCCAUCCGCACCGUCGACAACAACUUGUGCGCGUCUUGUAUGCGCCUCCUCGACUGCCUUCUCGCACCCUUCCGCCCGACCGAGGAUCGAAUGCCGUCGAAAGAAACGCUGCAAACGCUGUACCCAAAGUUGACUUCGAUCUUCUUCUUCGCCCUCACCUGGUCUGUAGGAAGCACCACCGACACCUCAGGUCGACAGCACUUCAGUGCCUGGCUGUUGUCCCGUGUCGUCGAGACGCAAUUCGAAAGGCCUCUUCUCCCCGACAACGCCAGCCUCUACGACGCCUGCUUCCACGUGGAAGCCGGCAAGUGGAUGUUAUGGGAGGAGACUCGAGGAGCCUUUGCAGUCCCGAGAGACGCAAGUUACGAGCAAGUCGUGGUUCCGACCCCCGACUCCAUUCGCAUGACUUUCGUCUUUCAGACGCUUCUCCAAAACCAAAAACAUGUCUUGUGUGCCGGUCCAACUGGAACGGGUAAGACGGUCAACCUCACGGAAUACCUCUACACGGCCGCUCCCGACAACUUCGAGACAAUCGCAAUCACGUUCUCCGCUCAAACGCAUGACAUGAUUGAUGGACGCAUGGAGAAGCGACGCCGAGGCGUCUUUGGACCGCCCGCAGGAAAAGUCGCUGUCGUGUUUGUCGACGAUUUGAACAUGCCGAGAAAAGAGGAAUUUGGCGCACAGCCUCCUCUCGAACUGCUCCGGCAGUGGUGUGACCACAAGGGGUGGUACGACCGCAAGAGCCUUGCCUUCUUCGAAAUUGUUGACACAGUCCUCGUAGGCGCUAUGGCACCUCCGGGGGGGGGUCGGACAGAGCCUUCCCACCGCGUGCUCCGGCAUUUCAAUCUCCUCACUUACACAGCCUUGGAAGACGCGUCCGUGGCAACAAUCUUCACGACUCUCAUGCGGCACUUCUUCAGCCCCUUCGCUGCGGAACUGCAGAGUCUGACUGAGAAACUCGUUCUCGCCACCACCGAAGUUUUCAACACCAUAUGCCGAGAGCUACUUCCCACUCCUUCGCGUUCACAUUACACUUUCAAUCUUCGCGAGAUUUGGAAAGUCUUCCAGGGGAUGACGUUCCUCUCACCUAAAGUCACCCGGAGCAAACAACAGGUGGUCAAGUGCUGGGUCCACGAGACGAGCCGCGUGUUUGGAGACCGCCUGGUCAACGACGAAGACAGGCUCUGGCUGCGUGAGCGGCUGCUCUCUCAGACGCGGAAACAUUUCGACUUGAGCGAGGAAGACAUUUUCACAAACGAGCGUCUCGUCUUUGCCGACUUUUGCAAUCCUUCAGGCGAACGUCUAUACGAAGAAGUUACGGAUCUCCAGCGGUGGCGCAGUGUCAUUGAAGCCUUUAUUAGUGAAUACAAUGCAGUGAACAGCGUCGGCAUGCAUCUCGUCGCUUUCUUCGAUGCCUGCGAGCACGUGUCGCGGAUCUGUCGCAUUCUCCGACAACCCGCGGGGCAUGCGCUGCUCCUCGGAGUGCGCGGCUCUGGGCGACAGUCGCUGAGUCGCCUCGCCUCCUUCAUCAUGGACUGCGACUCCGUUCAAAUCGAAGUUGUCAAGGGGUAUGGCAUGAACGAGUGGCGAGAUGAUUUGCGCAGCUGCUUUCUUCGCUGCGGCUUGGAAGAAAAGGUCCAAACGUUCCUGUUGGAAGAUUCCCAGGUGACCCAGGAGGCUAUGAUGGAAGACAUGAACAACGUACUGAGCUACGGUGACCUCCCCAAUCUGUACAAGAAAGAAGAUCUGGAAGAGAUUAUCAGCCAAUGCAAAGGUCUCUGCUCACAGAUGGGCAUGCAUCCGACGAAGGUCAACAUCUUCAACGCGUAUCUCCGCAGAGUGAAGGCUAACCUGCACGUCAUCUUGGCCAUGAGCCCCGUCGGCGACCAGUUUCGAACGCGCCUUCGGAUGUUCCCCGCCCUCACCAACUGCUGUACCAUCGACUGGUUCUCGGAGUGGCCCGCCGAGGCGUUGAUGUCCGUCGCCCGGAUUCAGCUGGAGAACGAGAAUCUGUCUCUGCCCGACCAAGACGCAGCGAUCUCUGUCCUUCAGUUCAUCCAUCGGUCGGCGCAAGACGCGGCCGAUCAAUACCUUGCCGAAUGCCGACGCCCCGUCUUCGUCACUCCCACCUGUUUCCUCGAGCUGCUUCGGACGCUGACCGACACGGUCAAAACCAAGCAACUCGAACUCACCACCAUCGGAGAGCGAUUCGAGAAAGGUCUCGGAAAACUCGAGGACGCGGCGCGACAAGUCGAAGCCAUGCAGGCGCAACUUCAAGAGUGGCAACCUGUCCUCAUUGCCACAUCCGAAGAGGUGGAGCAGAAGAUGGUGCAGAUUCAGAAAGACCGGGCGCUGGCAGACGAAACGAAGGUUCGUGUCGCUCAGGAGGACGCGGAGGCGAGUCAGAAGGCAGCUGAGACACAGGCACUCAAAGACGACGCACAGCGCGACCUCGACGAAGCCUUGCCAGCAUUCGACCAAGCAGUCGAAUGCUUGAAAAAGUUAAAGGCGGAGCACGUGCGAGAGGUGCCACCCGUGAAGAAGCCUGACCCUAGCCGGCCGGGAGGGAAAAUCGAAGACUACUGGGAAUCUGCGCAACAUAAACUCCUGAAAGACCCGAAGAAACUCCUCGACGACCUUCUCAACUACGACAAAGACAAUAUUCCCGAUACGAUUAUCGCGAGAAUCGCACCGUAUAUUGAUCGACAGGACUUUGAUCCCGUGGCGAUUCGAAAAGCUUCGGUUGCAUGCGAGGCCAUCUGCAUGUGGGUCCGCGCCAUGGUGUGCUACUACAACGUGGCGAAGGCCGUUGAGCCGAAGCGCGCCAAGCUGAGACAGGCUGAAGAGGAGCUGAGGGUGACCACGCACAACUUGAACGUGGCCAAGGCGCGGCUGCAAGAAGUCGAGAGCAAAAUUGCGAGGCUCGCUGAGGAGUUUGCCGUCGCCAUGCAAAAAAAGGAGCAAUUGACGGCAGACAUAAAACUGUGUCAAGUGAAGGUGAAUCGGGCCCAGCCGCUCCUCCUGGGCCUCAGCGACGAACGGCAGAGAUGGACCGAGCAAGCAGAAAUGUCGAAAAGGCUCUACGCCCUCAUUCCUGGACAUGCAAUUGUGAGUGCCGGAAUGAUCGCGUACGGAGGGCCGUUCACUGCAGCGUACAGAGUCGACUUGGAGGCUUCCUGGUUCGCCAAGCUGAGAGAAAUGAACAUCCCACACACGCCGGGAUGCAAUCUCCGGCAGUUUCUUGGGGAUCCCGUGAAGAUUCGACAUUGGACAGUGGCGGGUCUUCCGAAAGACGAGCUCUCGAUCGAAAACGGAAUUAUCAUCGACCGGAGCAGGAGAUGGCCCCUCAUGAUCGAUCCUCAGACGCAAGCAAAUCGGUUCAUCAAAAACAUGGGAAAGGCCAGCGACCAGGGGUUCGAAACCUGCAAACUGACUGAAGGGAACUUUCUGCGCGAAAUCGAGUUGGCGGUCCAGUUCGGCAAGUGGGUUCUCAUUGAAAACGUGACCGAGACUUUGGACCCGUCUCUCGAGCCGAUUUUUCUUCAACAGAAAAUCAAAGACAGUCAAGGCUGGUGUGUUCGCCUGAAUGACAAGCUAGUGCCUUGGUCGCCGCACUUUAAGCUGUUUAUGACAACGGCGAACCCGAAUCCUCGCUACCCUCCUGAGGUCUUUGCGAAGCUCUCCGUCCUUAACUUCUCGAUCACCCCUGAUGGGCUGGAGGAACAAAUGCUGGGCCUCGUGGUGUCUCUGGAGGCGCCGGAACUGGAGGAGAAGAAGAACGCGUUGGUGGUGAACAACGCAAAGAUGAAGAAGGAACUGAAAAGCCUGGAAGACAAGAUCCUUCAGCUGCUCUCCCAGUCGCAAGGCAACAUCCUCGAGGACGAGGUGCUCAUCAACACUCUGGCUGCGUCGAAGCGCACAGCUGCCGAAAUCAACCAGAAAGUGAAAGAGGCCGAAGUCACAGAGCAGGAAAUCGACAGAGCCAGAGAAUGGUUUUGUCCCGUUGCGUUCCGGGCCAGUCUGCUGUUCUUCUGCGUCGUCGACCUCGCCAAUAUCGAGCCGAUGUAUCAGUACUCGCUUCAGUGGUUUCAAGCGCUCGUCGCACUGGGCAUUGAGGAGCUUUUUCUGACCCGUUUCUUCCCUUUCCCGAUCGCACAGGUCCCAGCGACGAAUGACAAAGCGGAGAGGCUCCAGAAUUUGAGCGACUAUAUCACGUACCUGAUUUACGAGAACGUCUCGCGAUCUCUCUUUGAGCGCCACAAAAUUCUCUUCGCGUUCUCUCUCGCACUCAAGAUUCAAGCGAAACACCCGGUGAACCACCAAGAGCUACGCUUCCUCCUGACAGGCCCCACGGGCGAAGCGACUCUCGGAGAGACCAAUCCGACGACGUGGCUCAGCGAAAAACAGUGGGAAGGCAUUCGAGCUCUGGCGACGCUCCCGGCGUUUUCUGGCCUCGAUAGCUUCUUCCUGAAAGCUCCGGAGGCGUUCAAAGCUGUGUACGACGCGGGAGACGCCCACGAAGAGCCCUUUCCGGAUCGAUGGAACGAUCUGACUCCAAUUCAGAAAAUGUGCAUUCUCCGCCUGAUUCGGAGCGACAAGCUGAUCGACGCAGCAGUGAAUUACGUGGCUAGCGAACUGGGACAGCGGUUCGUAGAUCCGCCCACCUUUGACUUGGCACGGUCCUACAAGGACUCGACCAAUGUGACGCCGUUGAUUUUCAUUCUGUCUCAAGGCUCGGAUCCGGUUGCCAAUCUUUUGGCCUUUGCAAAGGACAUGAAUAUGGGGCGAAGGCUCGAGUCCAUCGCACUCGGACAGGGACAAGGCGCGAAGGCUCGGAAACUGAUCGAAGAGGCCUGCAGCAGGGGAGGCUGGGUGAUCCUCCAAAACUGUCACCUCGCUGCCUCCUGGAUGGCCGAACUGGAGAAAAUCUGCGAAGGACUCAACCAAGACGUUCAUCGCGAUUUCAGGCUGUGGCUGAGUUCAAUGCCUUCCCGGGACUUCCCAGUCUCGAUCUUGCAAAAUGGAGUGAAGAUGACGAAUGAGCCGCCGACAGGUCUUCGCGCAAACCUGCUGCGUCUGUACGCGGCCAUCGAUGAUCGUACACUCGACAGCUCGAAGAAGCCCGAAGAGUUUCGAAGGCUCAUGUUCGCCUUCUGCUUCUUCCACGCCAUCGUUCAGGACCGCCGCAAGUUCGGCCCGAUCGGAUGGAAUAUUCAGUAUGAGUUCACCACCGAGGAUCUCGUCGUGUGUCAGAGACAGCUUCGGAUCUUCCUGGACUCGUACAACGAAGUGCCAUACAAAGUUCUGAUAUUUCUGGGAGCAAAGAUCAACUACGGCGGGCGAGUAACGGAUGAUCAUGACAAGCGACUGAUCGAGUGCAUUCUAAAAUCCUACGUGAAUGAGCGACUCAUUGAAGAGGGACCAGCGUACAAAUUCUCCUCCUCCGGUCUCUACUAUUGCCCAGACGCUGGCGACCAGGCUGGCUUCGUAAAAUACGUGCAAAGCCUGCCUAUGAACCCAAAUCCCGAGGCGUUUGGUCUGCACGAAAAUGCAAACAUCAACUUUGCACAAAUCGAAGGCAUGAAUCUCUUGAACUCUAUUCUCUCCAUGGCCCCUCGGAGUUCAGGGGGAGGCGGGAAAACGCGUGAACAGGUAGUCGAAGAAACGGCUAGUCAGAUCCUCGAGAAACUCGUUGACGACUUCAACAUCGAGGAAAUUCAAAAGAAAUACCCGACGCGCUAUGAAGAGUCCAUGAACACUGUCCUCACGCAGGACGCCAUCAGAUACAACGGUUUGCUCCGGGUCAUGAAGAAGUCUAUCGUACAGCUUCAAAUGGCGCUUAAAGGGCGGAUCGUGAUGACGGAGGAACUGGACAAGGUCGCCGACGCACUAUUCGACAACCAGGUGCCCAAGCUAUGGGCAGAGAAAGGAUUCUUGUCCAUGAAGCCGCUGAGUUCUUGGACAAAGGAUCUUCACAGUCGCAUUUCCUUCAUACAAGAUUGGAUUGACAAUGGAGUUCCCGUUUGUUUCUGGAUGUCCGGACUCUUCUUUCCUCAAGCCUUCUUAACCGGCGUAUUGCAAAACUAUGCAAGGAUGUACGGCAUCGCUGUGGAUCGCCUGGUGUUUGACUUCAAACUGAUGGACGACUUGGAUCCCGCAACAGUGACGGAGCGACCGCAUGAAGGCUGUUACGUGAACGGCAUUUUCCUUGAAGGCAGCCGAUGGGACCGAGAGCGACAUCUCCUGGUGCGGCUGCUCCCGUAA